GUCCGCACAGCGAGCGAUUCAAACGCGCGUCUGCAGCAGCGACUGAAGGUCAGAGAGACAGACAGCACUGAUACCGGCACAUUAUCUGCAGUGAGCUCCAGGGCUUGUGAUGCCGCCUCCUGUUGGACCACCGGCCGUGCCGCCUCCAGAUGGUGGGUGGGGCUGGGCUGUGGUCGGGGGAGCCUUCAUCUCCAUCGGAUUCUCGUACGCCUUCCCGAAAGCCACCACCGUGUUCUUCAAAGACAUUCAAAAGAUCUUCAACGCCUCAUACAGUCAGGUGGCCUGGAUCUCCUCCAUCAUGUUAGCGGUCAUGUACGCCGGAGGUCCAAUCAGCAGCAUUCUAGUGAACGCGUAUGGCUGUCGUCCCAUCAUGAUCUUGGGCGGGUUUCUGUGUGCGAUCGGAAUGAUCAGCGCUUCUUUCUGCAAUAACGUGGUGCAGCUGUACAUCUGUAUCGGUGUUAUUGGGGGUUUCGGUCUGGCCUUCAACCUGCAGCCAGCGUUAACAAUGAUCGGGAGAUACUUCUACAAGAAACGGCCCAUCGCUAACGGCUUCGCCAUGGCCGGCAGUCCAGUGUUCCUCAGCACGCUCGCGCCGCUCAACCAGUACCUCAUCAAUGAGUUUGGCUGGAGGGGAAGCUUCCUCAUCCUCGGAGGUCUUCUGCUCAACUGCUGUGUGGCCGGAGCUCUCAUGAGACCGCUGGAAGCUCCUCCAAACCAGACCAAGAAGGACGAGGAGAAACCUGCGGCUGUGGCUUCCAAAACGGAGAAGACCAGUGCUUGGGAGACGAUCAACAAAUACCUGGACCUGUCGCUCUUCAAACACCGCGGGUUCCUCAUCUACCUGUCGGGAAACUUCAUUAUGUUCAUCGGCUUCUUUGCGCCUAUUGUUUUUCUGUCUCCGUUUGCCAAAGACAGCGGCGUGGACGAGUAUCGAGCAGCAUUUCUUCUCUCCAUCCUGGCGUUCGUGGAUAUGUUCGCCCGGCCGUCCAUGGGACUGCUGGCCAACUCGCGAUGGAUCCGUCCAAAGAUCCAGUAUUUCUUCAGUUUCGCCGUGCUGUAUAACGGCAUCUGUCACGUCUUGUGUCCACUGGUGGAGAGCUACACCGGUAUGGUGGUGUACGCCGUGUUCUUUGGCUUUGCAUUCGGGAUGGUGAGUGCCGUCCUGUUUGAGACGCUGAUGGAUCUGGUGGGCGCUCAGAGGUUCUCCAGCGCUGUGGGUCUCACCACUAUUGUGGAGUGCUGUCCGGUGCUCAUCGGACCUCCUCUGGCAGGGAAGUUAGUGGACAUCACCAAGAACUACAAGUACAUGUACCUGUGCUGCGGAUCUGUGGUGAUAUUCGCCAGUCUCUGGCUCUUCAUCGGCAACUUCAUCAACUACAGACUUCUGGAGCAGGAACGCAAGAGAGACGAGAUGUACAAACAGACUGAGGACCAGGACCAGGACCAGGACCAGGACCAGGACCAGACUGAGACCAACGAGGAUGCUGAAGCGUCACAGCAGCUCUGUGAAAAUAAAGACGACGUCAUGCAGCGAGAAACAAACAUUUAAACAUCCGUUUGAACAGGUGAAAGUGUCUUACUGAAGACACUGCCAAAGUACAUAAAUAUGACUCUGAUGUUAUACAUAAAGAUUUAAAGACACACGCCGUCUUAAAGGGACAGUACACCCAAAAAUGAAACUUCUCUCAUUAUUUCCUCACCCUCAUGUCAUCCCAGAUGUGACUUUCUUUCUUCUGCAGAACACAAAUGGAGAUUUUUAGACGAAUAUUUCAGCUCUGUAGGUUCAUACAAUGCAAGUGAAUGGUGACCAGAACUUUGAAGCUCCAUAAAGCACAUAAAUGCAGCAUAAAAGUAAUCCACAAGACUCCAGAGGUUUAAUCCAUGUCUUCAGAAGUGACAUGAUAUGUGUGGGUGAGACACAGAUCAAUGUUUAAGCCCUUUUUACUGUAAAUUCCCACAUGUGACUUUCAAUGUAAAAGUGAAAGUGGAGAUUUAUAGUGAUAAAGGACACAAAUGUUGUGGAGUUCGUCUUGGUCACAGGGGUGUGUAAAAUAUUUUUGUCCAAUCAGAUGCUCUCAUGACUGAGAAUGUCCCUCCACAGCUCCGACUAUAAAAACUAUUGAUGCAAUAUUCUCUUAUUUAAGAUAUAUACAGGAGUCAUGAUGCAGAUAAUCGUACCCAUAUGUUAAUUAGUUGGAUUGAUUAUUGGGAUAUUGUCAUUAAUGAGACGCUCCUUCAAAAUCCCCAUUAAAUGAACUUCAGCUGAUUCAGAAUCACACUAAACACACACAUGUGAGGUGUUUUAAAAGACCUUCAGCGGAUCUGUGUAGUGUCUGAGAGAAGGUUAUCAGUGAGUGUCUCACUGUCAUCAGCUCAACAGACACACACACCUGCGGACGUGAGGACCGUGAGAGUCGCCGCAGAUAUUUCGUGUUAUUUACUGUGAGGUUCUGUAUCUGAUGUUCUUUCAUCUGAAGAGGAACACAAAGACACAAGAGACUCACAGAAUCACGGGCCAUCAUAAGAACCUCUUUUGUGUUUGUCCUCUAUGCAGAACACACACACACACACACACACACACACACACACAUGUUGUGUUUCCAUGUUUUAUGGGGACUUUCCAUAGACAUAAUGGUUUUUAUACUGUACAAACUUUAUAUUCUAUCCCCUAAACCUAACCCUACCCCUAAACCUAACCCUCACAGAAAACUUUCUGCAUUUUUACAUUUUCAAAAAACAUAAUUUAGUAUGAUUUAUAAGCUGUUUUCCUCAUGGGGACCGACAAAAUGUCCCCACAAGGUCAAAAAUUUCGGGUUUUACUAUCCUUAUGGGGACAUUUGGUCCCCACAAAGUGAUAAAUACACGCUCACUCACACUCACACACACACACACACACACACACACACACACUCAUACACACACACUCAAUCACACACUCACUCUCACACACACACACUCUCACACACACACUCUCUCACACACACACACACACACACACACACACACACACGCAUGAUGGAGAGUGUUUGGGGCAUUCAGAUCAUUAUUGGUGAGGUGUGAGAGAGACUCAUUACAUAUCAGUGUGUGUGUGUGUGUGUGUGUCACUGUGUGUGUGUGUGUGACUGUACGUGUGUGACUGUGUGUGUGUGUACAUGUGUGACUGUGUGUGACUGUGUGUGUGUGUGUGCAAGUGUGACUGUCUGUGUGUGUGCGUGUGUGACUGUGUGUGACUGUGUGUGUGUGACUGUGUGUGAGUGCAUGUGUGUGUGUGUGUGUGUGUGAGUGUGUAUGUGUGAGUGUGAGUGUGUGUGUGUGUGUGUAUGUGUGAGUGUGAGUGUGUGUGUGUGUGUGUGUGUGAGUGUGAGAGUGAGUGUGUGUGUGAGUGUGUGAGUGUGUGAGUGUAUGUGUGUGUGUAUGUGUGUGUGUAUAUGUGUGAGUGUGUGUGUGAGUGUGUGUAUAUGUGUGAGUGUGUGUAUGUGUGUGUGUGUGUGAGUAUAUGUGUGUAUGUGUGUGUGUGAGUGUGUGUGUAUGUGUAUAUGUGUGUGUGUGUGUGUGUGUGUAUAUGUGUGUGUGUGUGUAUGUGUGUGUAUAUGUGUGUAUGUGUGUGUGUGUGUAUGUGUGUGUAUAUGUGUGUAUGUGUAUGUGUGUGAGUGUGUUUGAGACUGUUCUAGAUGUUCAUCAUUCAGACUCAUUAUUAAUAAUUAAUAAAUCAGCUCCGCUGCUGUUACAGUCUUUAUUGAGGCUGAUCUGAUAUUAUUGAAUGUAAAUGAGGUUUUUAAAGCCUCAUGAAUCCGUUUCUGACCAAAUUGAGUUCUGAGGAGUUUUGCUGAUUAAUAUCCAAUCAAGAAUCAUCAAUUAACGUGAUCAGACAUCAUCAGUCCUCAGGGGAACAUCCGUCCGGUUAUCCUACGGGUCAGUCGUCUUUAUCUUUACUGCCUUAAAUAUGAAGAAAUCCUCCAAUGUUACAAUCUGUGUAAAGAAAUAAAACACUAUUUACUGUAUCCAAACACUAUAUUUACUAAUCGAUUAGCUUCAUGCUACACAACUGAACAAGUAUUUCAGAAAUGCAUUUUUAAUUCUAUUUUUCUAAUUAUUUAGUUUUAUAUCCUACAGUGCUGUUUUUAAUUCACAGUGUUAAACUUUCACUUUUAAACUGUUUUAAGUGCACUAAAGCUUGUGAUGCUGGUCAUGUAGAAGUGUCAUUAUCAGAAGAAUGUGCCGGAAUGAAGAUGUUGAGCACUGAUGCAUGUGAGGAACUAUCGGCACUGCUCACGAUCAUUAAUGAAUGUAAUAUUGAUUUAAACAUGUUUCAUGUUGCCUUUCACACGCUAAACGAUGUAUAUAUGAAUCAUGUACAUGAGUGUAACCUGCUUAAACAUUGUUACAUUGUUACAUGACAGUCGUUGUGUAUUUUCUGAUUUUGCUUGUUCUUGUUGUGUUCACAUUAAA